CUCUUACCACAAGACAUCGUUCUGGAAUUAUCUUGGAAUGAUGAUAAUUCUAAUUCUCACACAGCGUACGCUGGAUGGUCGGGACGUUCUUCCAAUAAACCGGAUGUUAUCGAGAUUGAUCCACAAUUCGGAACGGCCAUUAACCUAUACGACGGCCAAAAGAUACUGAUGGGGUUAUAUGAUACGGCGACCGAGGCUAGAACCGUAAGCGUUGAACCGUGCACUGUUGAUGACUGGGAGAUUGUGGAACGUCGGGCCGAUUAUUUGGAGGGUCAUUUCAUUCAGCAGCAACGCGUUGUCUAUCCCAACCAAAUAGUCGUUCUCUGGAUCAAUUCAAAUCUAACGCGGUUAAAAAUAGUGGAAAUAAGUCCCAAGAGUAAUUGCGCGAAGUUAAGCGAGAAUUCGGAGAUAAUCGUUACGCCGAAACCAAGAAAAAUCUUAAAUAGUAUUCUCAAAUCACCAGAAACGAAAGACACCUCUCACGUGUAUUGUUUGCGCUUACUACCAGCAGAAUUUCUUUCGGAUGGUCUUAUUCAGUCGGAUGCGAACUUAUUGCCUCCGCACAGGCGCAAAGACUCGGAGGAGAAAUCCGACAACGGAGACAAAAAUAGCGCGUCAGCAGCGCUCUAUGUUAAGGUUUUGGAGAAUCCAAACGUAAUUCUUGGACAUGUAGUACUUUGCAAUUCUAUAAUGGAUUCUUUGGAUGCCGAAAAAUUUGACAUCAUUCGAUUAUCGCACCCACAAUCAAAUCCAUCCCAAGUGUCCAACAUAACGAUUCAUCUCAUAUCGAGCCCUUUUCAAUCCACUUCCUUGAAACAUAAUAAUGGAGUCAGUCUAGCAGAUGUAUCAGAGGAGGACUCAUUUCGAAACGCGUUGAUGACCUCAUUCAAAGCCUGGAUCGAGAGAUUGUCUGAUUCUUCGGAAAUAGUUUUGACAAAUAGAAUGAAAUUAUCUCUUAAAGUUAACGAGAUAAAUAUAGUAGUGACCUUUGGUGGGAAUGAAAAUGCGAGUCAAAACGAUGUCCAUCAUGGACGAAUCGAUUCAUCAGACGAAUUUACGAUAUUGAUGAAGAGACAAUUAUUGAAUGUUGAAAUUGAAAUUGGUGAAAAUGUUUCAAUGCCAGAUCACAAGAUUCUAAAACAGCCUUCCGUGGGAAGUCUGCCGCUGCUAGGUGGUGUUGAAAAAUUGAUACGAAGGUUACAAGAUUACACGAGAUAUUGUAUAGGAAAGGUUUCUCUGCGGAAUUCCCUGAGUGUUCCAGCACAGCAACAGACAUCGGUUCACGCGUUUCUCAUUACAAGUCACUUGUUUAGCGAAGUUGCACAGCUGAAUUCUCCAACAAAGUCGGAGAGAUGUGACAUAUUGAAAGCGAUAAUGUCUUCCGGUCCAGAAUUGGCUCAAAAGAGUGUACCUCAUGUUGACCUGCUUUCGGUUGCGAGCGACUGUGAGGGUUAUCUGGCUGCUGAUCUUAAAGUACUUGUAGAACGUGCAAUACACGAAGGGGCAAUCAGGCAAUUGCAGGGAAAUGUAGAUGGAUCUGAAUUCUUGUUAACGCAGGAAGAUUUUCACCAUGCUCGAAAAGGUUUCGUGCCUUUUUCGCUGAGAGAUGUCAAAUUACAUACCUCGGACGUUAAUUGGACUGACAUAGGAGGCCUUGAUGAAACUCGAAAAGUUUUGUUGGAAACUUUGGAAUGGCCUACAAAAUACGCGUCCAUCUUUGCCAAUUGCCCUCUCAGAUUACGAUCAGGAGGACAUGAUAGUACUGGCGUGACCGACAGAGUGGUCAAUCAAAUGUUGACUCAGAUGGACGGUGCCGAAGGGCUCGACGGAGUUUAUGUUCUUGCCGCUACCAGUCGACCCGACCUCAUAGAUCCAGCAUUAUUAAGGCCUGGGCGCUUAGAUAAGUCGUUAUUUUGCAAUAUGCCCACUUCUCGGGAAAGACUUGAGAUAUUGAUGGCCCUUUCGCGAAAAGUAGAUUUAGGUGAAGACGUAGACCUAAACUACUAUGCCAAAAGGUGCCAAGGAUAUUCGGGAGCAGAUCUGCAAGCCUUACUAUAUAACGCACAUCUUGAAGCGAUUCACGAAACAAUUGAUGCCGAAAAGUCUAUUGAAAAGGUGUCAAGUUCUGAAGAUAGUGAAUUGCAAUUUACAUCCUUUAAUAUGAAUUCUAAAAAGACGAUUACAAAUUUCACGGCCGCAGAGAGAACUCAAACGAUGAAAAGACUUUCGCUCAUCAAGAAAGGAUUUACUCAAAAGGAGGUUAUCAAGACAGAUUAUGAAAGCCAAAAUUUUUCGCAAAAAAAACCCAAGCGUUGUGCAUCUACAGAUAUAACGAAUUUAUUACUGGAAGAAAUGGAAAAAUGCCUAGCGGAAUUUCAAGUCAUGAAAUUGGCCAGAGGUCUACUUUAUGCUAAGAUAAAAGCAUGA